GGAUCUGUCAUUCUGCUAAUGUGCCCCAACAAGAGACUAACUGGGCUGAGGUUCUGACAGAAUCAUGGCCCCCAGAGACACCAUCCAUCUCUGUCUCGUGCUCUGUCUGAGCCAGAAGCUUUGGGCACAGGAAGGGUAUUUUCCCAUUCCUAUUAUAUCUGCCACACCUGGUUCUGUGAUUCCCUGGAAUGAGUCUGUGAAGAUCCUGUGUUGGGGGACUCCUGAGUCUUACUUGUACCAACUGGAAAUCCUGAGAAACCCCACAUUUGAGGUGGUAGAGAAGAAAUUGGGAUUUCAGGAGAAGGCUGAAUUCCUCAUUAGCCACAUGAAUACCAACACUGCAGGGCAUUAUCAGUGCCAAUAUAGAAAAGAGUACAAAUUAUCGGAGCACAGCAAAACCCUGGAGCUGGUGGUGACAGGCUUGUACGACAAACCCUCCCUCUCAGCAGUGCAGGGCAUGGUGGUGAUGCUGGGAGAGAAUAUUUCCCUGCAGUGCAGCUCAACAGACAUCCCAUUUGAUAGAUUUUCACUGACAAAAGAAGGAGGAGCCGCCCUGUCACAGCACCAAAAUGGGGUACACCAAGGCAACUUUAUUCUAGGCCCUGUGAACCACAACUUCUCAGGGAACUACAGGUGCUAUGGUUGGUACAGUGGCAGCCCUUAUGUGUGGUCAGCCCCCAGUGAUGCCCUGGGGCUUGUGGUCACAGAUAUAAUGAACCAAGAUUACACAAUGGAGAAUUUGAUCCGAAUGGGCGUGGCAGGACUGGUCCUUGUGGCUCUCUUGGCCAUAGUCAUUGGAAAUUGGCACAGCCAUAAGGUUCCAAACAAGGAAGACUGGCCAGAUUUUCCUGAACUGAGCCGGAGUAAACACAAAUGUCAGACUGGACCUUUGGACAAAGCCUUAAGAGACACCAGGGCCUUGUGUGGAAAAGCAUACUGUAAACCGGGGAAUAAAAAGACCCUCCCCUCCUAGAAAAAGACUGGUAGCCAUGAUGACAAAAAGCCACAGGAACCAGUUUUUCACCCAUCAGCAAUGACCACUCCCCUCAAUGAAAAACGCCCUAGUGAUUCAACCUAUCAGCUCCUUGCUUCUAAAUGUCAGCCAAUCAGAAACGGAUUUACUUCAGUAACUGCACCUGUGAGUGACAGCCAACCCUUCAGAAGGGAAACAAAAAUAAUAUAAAAACAGGGAGGGGGACAAAACAUAAGAGACUCUUAAAUACAGAGAAGGAAGAGUUACUGGAGGGAUUGUGGGAGCAGGGAUGGG